CACAAAAGUGAGUUUUGCGUGUUGCUUUUGUGCCAAUGCUUUUUUUUCAUGGUGGCUUUUCGGAAAUAAGCAUGGAUAAUAUUCCAAGUCCUCCGGACUUGAAAAUGUUUUCCACUCCAGUUGGUAACUAGGCACCUUCCGUAAGUCGUAGAUUUUUCAAUGUAAGUGUUAGACGGAUACUUCAAGAUAUAUGUUGCCAGCAAAGAGAGCGAAGCUUGAUAUGGAAGAAGAAGGGGGACGCCUCCGCGUGUUAGAGGAUGAACUGCAGGUAAUCCAAGCGGAGGUUGAGCCCAUAGAAGUCAAGAGAUCUAGCACUUCCAGAACUGAGUCGGUCACUUACAGACCCACAUACCGAGCAGUUCUAGCAAAGAACGGAUACCUUGUAAGGAAAACUUUGGGCAACGGAAGCUACUCUAAGGUAAAGUUGGCAAUCUCACUCAAUAAAUCCAAAUCAUUAGUCGCUGUGAAAAUAGUCGACCGAAAUAAAGCACCCAAAGACUUUCAAACAAAGUUUCUACCUCGAGAGUUAGAUAUCUGGCCAGGCUUGCGUCACCCUAACAUUAUCAAAGUCUUGGAUGCUUUCGAUGAUGGUCGCCGCGUGUACAUGAUUCUAGAGUAUGCAGAAAAUGGCGACGUGCUGCGGUACAUUCAAAAAGUCGGAGCUCUCUCGGAAAAUCUUGCCAAGGGCUGGACUUGGCAACUGUGUGACGCAGUGCGCUAUCUGCACGAGCUCAACAUCACACACCGUGAUUUGAAGCUGGAAAACCUGCUCCUGGACAAAUUCUUCAACAUCAAGCUCUGCGACUUCGGCUUUGUGAAAGGAGAUUGCACGCGUACGAUGAGUCAAACGUAUUGUGGCUCAAAGUCCUACGCCGCGCCCGAGAUCUUGAAAGGCGAGCCUUAUGACCCCAAGAAGGCGGACAUGUGGGCCAUUGGCGUGAUCCUGUAUAUCUUCGUCACGGGCAAGAUGCCUUUUGAUGAGAGCCGGGGGAACAGCGGGGUACUGGAGGAGCAGAAAAAGCUGGAGUUCCCUUGGCAAAAAUACAAAAAGGGUGAGCUGGCCACAGAAGGGAAGAACGGCCACCACAACCACCAUGGCCACCACCACCACCACCAUCACCAUCACCACCACCACCGCCACCACUCCAGAGACAAAGGAGAGAAGACUGUCCCCGAGAAGUCCUCUACCAACCCUCUGCCCGCCCAGUAGACCAGCGACCCCCACCCCCAUCACCGCCGCUGCCAGCACCAGCCCACUCGCCCGCUAUGGUCACAAAAAUUCCAGGAGCAAGUAUACAGAAACAACCCAGCAAUCCUGUCCUGAUAUCUGAGGUCUACCACUCUUCAUACAACGCUGGGAAAUUGGAAAUGGCCACCACCGCCCCUCCCCUCGUAAAGACUGCACUGCUGUCUACUUUAUUUUUAAAAAACAACCCAACCCUAACAAACUACCGAUGUGAAGCAUAAUAUGUCUGAACAGCAAGGAAACUGCGAGCCAUGUGAAGGAAGUCCUCAGCAACCCAGUUAAUAGUCAUGUUGGUCGAGUUCACAGUUUCUUUCUCAAUACAGUUCUAGUUCAGAGCCGUGGCACGUGUGUGUAUAUCGGCUAAGUAGCUGUAUCUAUAAAUACAGGUUUAACCAUUUCACCAUUUCACCAUUUAUAUAUCCAUAGAUUGUACAUUAACUCUUUCAUGGGAGUUUUAAGUUGCGGUAACUUAGCUAAAAUUACUAAAUUCCGAUAAUUUUAUAUACAGUGAGUAUGUAUUAUAUAGAGAUCAAGAUAUCAAAACUGACUUGGAUAAUGAAACAAGUGCCACUUCUCACUGAGGUCCGGGCCAAGAAUCGCACGAUGGCCUCUGUCAGCUGGUCUCGAGAUCACAACGUUUUCUUUGCCAUAACCCAGUCCUUCCAUCCGAUCGUUCCUCACGAACACCUUUUGUUUUAACGGUGAUCUUAGCAAUAGUAUUUAUCUUUAAAGCGUUUGAUAAUAAUAAUAGUAAUAGUAAUAAUAAUAAAGAAACAUAAUUGACA